AUGGUACCUACUCUCUUGCGGUAUCGCUCUUCCAGAUUCUUCUUGACGCUAGCCUCGGCCUUAUUGCAAUAUGUUCCCUUUCCCUCGAGUUCUAGCUUCGUGUCGUCAGGUGGCGCCCUCGCUCGGAGGAGUGACCUUGACAGGCACAGCCCAGAAUUCAUCGUAUUCGCCUGCCUCAUUCCCAUUCUCGUCCUUCUUUCGGGUUUGUUUGCCGGUCUAACACUAGGGUACAUGAGUCUCGACGAGACUCAAUUGCAUGUUUUAAGUAUAAGCGGUACUCCACAGCAGAAGGAGUACGCUAACAAGAUCAAGCCAAUUCGAAAAGAUGGCCAUUUGCUUCUUGUCACGCUGCUUUUAGCGAACAUGAUCACGAAUGAGACACUUCCAGUCAUUGCUGACCCUGUGCUCGGAGGUGGCGUACAGAGCGUCGUCGUCAGUACCGUUCUGAUUGUGAUAUUCUCGGAGAUUAUCCCCCAAUCUCUUUGCACACGCUACGGGCUUUACUAUGGCGCAAAGAUGGCUGGCUUCGUGCGCGUCCUUAUUUGGGUUCUGGGUAUUGUUGCAUAUCCCGUUGCAAAAUUACUUGAAUUCGUUCUAGGACCCCAUCAUGGUAUUAUCUACCGGCGCGCAGAGCUCAAGGAGCUGAUAGCCAUGCAUUCGAAGGCGGGCGAACUGGGUGGUGACCUGAAGUCAGACACUGUCACCAUUAUCGGAGGCGCGUUGGAUUUGCAGGAGAAGGUGGUGAAGCAAGCAAUGACGCCGAUCAAGGAUGUAUUCAUGCUCAGUAUCGAUGCCAAGCUUGACUAUGAGAUGCUGCGCAAGAUAUGUUUGACAGGUCACUCCCGUGUACCCGUGUACGAGGAGGUGGAGAUGCCUGCUCCGCAUAUUGUUGGAAAUGAAUUCAGUGACGUAUUCGUAGAUGAGGCUGUUCUAAGCAAUAUCACCCCCGGGUCUUCAGAGAUGAUCAGGGUGAAGAAGAUCAUUGGUAUCUUACUGGUCAAACAGUGUGUUCUAUUAGAUCCCAAAGACGCCACUCCGCUCCGUAAGAUACCCUUGAACAAAGUGCCGUUUGUACCCAAUAACGAGCCGCUGCUCGGGAUCCUUGACAAGUUUCAGGAAGGGCGUUCCCAUAUGGCAAUUGUAAGCCGUUUCAGCGUGGAACGCGCCGCGAGUGUCAAGCAGGCAGUGAAGCGUGGGCUCACACAACGCCUGCUGGAUCGCGUGGGCAUGGGUGACAGCGACUCGUCCUCAAGCUCGGACGACGAUUCCGACGAUGGAUCUACCGUUGCGACCGGACGUCCUCGACGCAAGCGGGACAGACUCAGGAACAUGAAGAAGAAGAAAUCGUCUGCAGAAGAUAGCAGUGGCAAUGACGAGACCCUGAAGGAAGACAGUACCAAGGCAAACAGCGAUAACGAUACCCAUACUGCGAGUAGUCCCACCCGUAUACGGGUGCGAGGAAGAAAAAAGAGGAAAGCCCAACGAACGCCUGAUCUUGAGAUGGGCAUAGUUGAGGGUGACAGUGGCUCUAAUAAUAGAAAGCCCAGUGUGACACUCCCGAAGGUGGUCGGGUUCUGGGGUCGCGAGCAGAGCAUGCCUGCAGACGCUGUUUUGGCAAAGGACAGCGCUAAGGAGUUCUUGCAAAGUGUCGACCCUGCUGUUAUGCCCCUCGGUAUUAUCACUUUGGAAGACGUUUUAGAAGAACUUAUUGGCGAGGAGAUCUACGAUGAGUUCGAUCCUCAAGGGCACCCUGAUCUCUCGUCCUACGCCCAGACUGAAGCCAAAGUUGCGCGUUCUUUGCAGCGCAGACGCUCCGAUUCUCAGCUCCCCACGAUGCCCGGAGAACCUGUGGCUGCCCUUGGUUCUGAUCUAAAGAACGAGAUGGACGGUUCGAAAUCCCUUAUUUCGCUGACCGCCAUGAAGCCGAUGGGUACUUUAAGAGCGCUCAAUCUCAAAGGGUUAAGUUUCACGCGGUCAAGAAGUGCCCCGCCUUCGCCUAGAGAGCAAACGCACCAGAAAGGCGAAGGGCGCUAUACACCUGCAACCGUACUUGAGGACACUGUGUCGGUUGUGGAAGGCUCUCCAGAUAUCGACCUCUCUGACGACGGCACGAUCUUCUCCUCUCCGUAUGUUGGCGCAGAGGUUGCUGUAGCUUCUCAUGAAAGGCAGGACCUGCCGUCCAUUACGGUAACGUCUCCUUCGGGCUCAGGUCUCCCUAGCAGUUCUCCACGCUCGAAGACCGUGCAGAACUUCAUCUCCCCUGGUGCGGUCGUGCCACAGUCCGUCAACGUUACGGCACCUCGCAGUUCGUCGCCGUCGCUUGAGCAGGCUAUCCUUAUCGAGCGGAUGCGCCGUGCCGCGGCGGGCGUAUCUCAAGCUGGACCGAAAGGAGCUCGUUUCAAGAGCAGUCCACUGAGUGGGGAGAGAAGCGGGGUCAUUCCCGCUGAGACGGUGAGGCGCAACCUGAGUACCGCAAGUGAGGAAGUUGGGUCUGAGGAUGGUCGGACUUAUGAGGAUAGUGAUGGGAGCGCGUCGUGUAACGGCCGAGAAGGAUAA